UUCAAGUACAAACACUAUUUCCUUUUUCUUUUGCAAUGUAUCCCGUAGAAAUAAACGUACAAGAAAAUUUGACCUCAAGAAAUGAUGAUCAAAAUGUAUUGAUGGAUCGUUUCUUGUAUGAAUAUGUGAAGGAGGACAACAUUGUGACCUUUAAGAGCUGUGUUCAGAAACAUUCGCCAGAUAAGCUAGUGACUCCCUCUGGGAAUUCACUACUUCAUGUAGCCGUAAGCUAUGGAAGUGAUAAAAUUGCAGCUUAUCUGGCAGAAGAGUUUCCUUCGCUAAUCACCAGUCGAAACGACCAGGAGGACACAAUCCUUCAUGUUGCUGCCAGGGAAGGAAGGCUUAGCAAUACAAUUAAAACUCUGGUCGGAUCGAAUCCCAGCUUGGUGAGGUUGGAAAAUAGAAAAGGAAACAUUCCUUUGCAUGAUGCAGUGAUCAGGGGUAAUAAAGAAGCUGUCGCGUGGCUGGUAUGCAAAGAUCCAGGAGCGGCCUUUUACAACAACAAUACACAAAAGUCUCCAUUGUACCUGGCUGUUGAGAGUGGCCAUAAGAAUGGGAUUCUUGAUGAUCUCCUGAAUAUCGAAGCUUCCUCUGGCGCGCUACAAAAAGGAAAGUCCCCUGUUCAUGCAGCCAUCGAGCAACGUAACAAAGAUAUAUUGGAAAAAAUUGGAAAGGCAAAACCAGAGCUAUUAGGUUUCAAAGACGAAGGGUUGGGAAAUUCCCUCCAUUAUGCAUCAUCCAUGGGUUAUCUGGAUGGAGCUCGCUUCCUACUACAGAAGUUUCCUGAUGGAGCAAAUGAAAGAGACCAAGAAGGAAACUAUCCUAUCCAUCUUGCAUGCAAAAAUGAUUCUGUUGAUCUAGUAAAGGAAUUGAUGAAAGUCUUCCCAUAUCCAAAAGAGUUCCUCAAUGCAAAGGGGCAGAACAUUCUCCAUGUAGCAGCUGAAAAUGGACAAGGCAAAGUGGUUAGGCACAUACUCAAACAGGAUCAGAAGCUCAUCGAACCACUGCUAAAUGGCAUUGAUGAGGAUGGAAACACACCUUUGCAUUUGGCAACACAGUCAGGCCAAUCCAAUGCUGCAUUUGCUCUAGUGCGCGACACCCGCGUUGAGCGUUCAAUUGUCAACAAUGCAAACAAGACACCGUAUGAUAUUGCUGAAGAACAAUCUAAAAUAGCUGUGAAUCAAUAUGAAAAAACAGAUGAAAUGCUUGCUGAGGAACGAAAGCAGUUUGAUUCAAAGAACAACACCCCUGCUGACGGGACCCAGGACAAAGCAGUUGAUCCAAAGAAGCAAGAUAAAAAGAAACCCUCAAAGGAUUACAAACUGCUAGAUUAUUAUGGAGCGAUGACAACAUUAUCGAUCCUACACUUCCACGCCCGCCCCAAAAAAUCCCUACAACAGCCUUUCAGUAGUUCUCAAGGCAAGCCACCAAGGAAAGAGGAAACAAAGAGCAGGAUAGAGAAUCUUCUUGUGGUAGCAGUGCUUGUUGCUGGUGUAACCUUUUCUGGUGCUAUACAAUUGCCACAGCUAAAGAAUAUCAGUAACUCAAAUGAACAUCAUCAUGACUUUAACAUCACUAGCACUGUCUUCCAUAACAACACUGCCUUCGACAGUCCUACUGGUUCAUCCCUUCUGGAUGGCUAUUUAUGUCUUGAUGUGUGGGCUUUGAAUACCUCUGUGGUGGCAGCUAUAAUCCUUCUUUGGACGAACUUGAAUGAUGUCAAAUUUGCACCAUUUGUCGUUUGGUUUUCAUCCUUAAUGGUUGGUGGAGCUAUUUACAUGAUGUGCUUGGCGUUCUUUUUUGCUGUGAGCAUAGCAUUAGGUGGAUCCGAUUAUGGAGUGUUAGCAAUCAUCAUUAUUGUGGUGGGGGUUGUGUUUUUCCUUGCUCAAACGUUGCUUUAUAUUCAAUGGAUUCUUCCACCAUCUGUCAACCAAAUUCUUGAAGGAAUGCUCUCGUAUUAUGUCUACUUCCUCUCGUUUCUCUUUCUAUUCUACAGUUGGAGGUGGCUGCCUGAUAAACUCUCGGAGCUCAAGAGAGGGAGAACAAGCAACGAGAGAAAUUCAGGUUGAUCUUCAAUAGAUGUCAGGAUUUCUGGGAUUUUCCUCCUCUAAAAGUUGUUGGGAUCAGUAAGACUAUUUGCAAUUGCAAUAAUGAAUCGAAUGUGUCUGUACUACUUUCCUUUAUUCAAAGCAAGUUCGUUGAUUGUCCAAGAAAUACUAUACUAAUGCCAGUGGUUUUAAAUAUACCAGAGAA